AUGGAGAUCCCCAAAGUGCUCGGGCUCCUGGUAGAGCUCUCGAACCUGUUCUCCUGUCUCAGAUGUGCGGAGGCUUUCCUGGGAUCCCAGCCCAAUAAAAACCAUUUGCAGAGUGCAGCAUCCAGCGUGUGUGGUGUCGGACCUCUUGGGUAUUACAAUGGCUCGCUGGCAGUCACUGAGGCCGGAGCAGAGUGCCUCAACUGGGCAGAGUUCCCCGAUUAUGUUCAGCAGUACCCAGACCGUGGCUUGGGGGACCACAAUCACUGCAGGAACCCAGAUGGGGGAACUACACCCUGGUGCUUCUACCGGCUUGCGUCAGGGGCCAUCGGCUGGGCUAACUGCGACUGUAAUCAAGGUGCUGUGCGGUUAGCUGAAGAUAAUAGUGUGGAGCUGUACUUCAAUGGACUCUGGGGCACCAUCUGUGCUGACCACUGGACUGACUGGGAUGCCAGCGUUGUCUGCAGGCAACUAGGUCUCAGUGAGAUCGGCACAGCUGGGAAGAAGAGUCAUCUCAGACUGUGGCCUGUUCCCCUGCACCUGCAGUCAGCAAACUGCCAUGGGGAUGAGAAAGCCCUGCUGCAGUGUGGCUAUCGGGAGGCUGUGUCAGGAGCUUGUAACCAGGGGAGUGCCAUGGUAACCUGUGUCCCUCCAGAAGGUGUUGGUGCCCCACUGCGUUUAGUUGGGGGAAAGGAGAGCUUUGAAGGGCGAGUGGAGGUUUACCAUGAUGGCAAGUGGGGUACCAUCUGUGAUGACCAGUGGGAUGACCGGGAUGCUGAAGUGGUCUGCAGGCAGCUGGGACUCAGUGGGAGCGCAAAAGCGUUGUCGUGGGCUCACUAUGGGCAGGGAUCUGGCCCAAUCCUGCUGGAUGAGGUGGAGUGCUCAGGCAAUGAACUCUCACUUGACCAGUGCAAGAAGAGUGACUGGGGACAGCAAAACUGUGACCACAUUGAAGAUGCUAGCAUCUCCUGUGACCCUUUCACAGAGGGCACUGUCAGGCUGGCUGGUGGCCGCAGCCCCAGCGAAGGCAGGGUAGAAGUUUAUUACAACGGAGACUGGGGCACAGUAUGUGAUGAUGGCUGGACAGACCUUGGUGCCCAGGUGGUCUGCAGGCAGCUGGGCUUCAGUGGUCCUGCUACCCUGGCCUCUGAAGGGGACUAUGCUGCUGGCCAAGGCUUUAUCUUACUGGAUGAUGUGGCUUGUGCGGGGACAGAGCUGUCCCUCCUGGACUGUCCCCACAGCAACUGGGGGCAGCAUGACUGCUCACACGCUGAGGAUGUGGGAGUCCGCUGUUCCCCAGAGAGCAACACAGUCAUGGAUGGCAGCCUGGGGCCUCCUGUGCGGCUGGUGGAUGGAGAAAGCACCAAGGAGGGACGGGUUGAGGUAUUCCUGAAUGGGCAGUGGGGCAGUGUCUGUGAUGAUGGCUGGACAGACAGAGAUGCUGCAGUGGUUUGCAGGCAACUGGGAUUCAGUGGUACAGCAAAAGCCAGGGCAAUGGCUUAUUUUGGUGAAGGCCAUGGGCCCAUCCAUCUCGACAACAUAGAAUGCAGUGGCACAGAGCACACCCUGGGGCAAUGUGUCAGGCCUGACACCGGGAUUCACAGCUGCUGGCACAGUGAGGAUGCUGGUGUGAUUUGUGACUAUGUGGAAGAGAAGGUCCAAGAUAUCAGGAGAACAGAUCCAGAGUCUGGUGUGUGUGGGAUGCGUCUGCUUCACCGUCGCAAGAAAAGAAUCAUAGGUGGAAACAAGUCUCUGAGAGGCGGUUGGCCAUGGCAGGCCUCACUACGGUUGAAGGGUUUUCGUCGAGAUACUCGUUUAUUGUGCGGAGCAACACUGAUCAGCAGCUGCUGGGUAGUGACUGCAGCCCACUGCUUCAAAAGGUUUGGUGUUGAUGUGCGGCACUACCUGCUGCGGGUGGGCGAUUACCACACAGGCGUGAAGGAUGAGUUUGAGAGGGAGCUGCCCGUGGAGCGGAUUGUCCUCCACAGGAACUACUGGGCCGGCAGCAAUGAUAAUGACAUAGCCCUGGUCCGGAUGCAGGGCAGAGAGGGGCACUGUCUCUCCCUCAAUCGCCACGUUCUGCCUGUCUGCCUGCCCAACAGGAAAGAGAAGUCUGACAUCAACAGGCAAGCCUGCAUCAUCUCUGGCUGGGGAGACACAGGGAAGUCCUACUCGAGAACUCUGCUGCAGGGGUUGGUGCCUCUUCUUCCACGGGGAGACUGUGAGGUCCGUUAUGGGCAGAAGUUCACUAACCGCAUGAUUUGUGCUGGGAACCUCUCAGAAGACAAACGGGUGGACAGCUGCCAAGGUGACAGCGGCGGGCCACUCAUGUGUCAGAGGUCAAACGGACGCUGGAUCAUUUUGGGGAUCACUUCCUGGGGUUACGGCUGUGGUCGGAAGGACUCCCCCGGUGUGUACACAAAGGUCAGCAAAUAUGUACCCUGGAUCAAGAAAGUGACCAAGCUAAAAUGAAAAUGUCUGAGCUCUAGGAACUUCAGCAUAUGGUCCUUUUGCCCUGCAGCAGCAGAAGGCUGUGGCUUCUAGCCUGUGACUGAUGGAGAAUUAUUUUGUUGUUGGACACUGGGAAAAGACUUUAAUGUAGAGCUGGGAGAAAACCAGCUAUGGCUGAUUUUUUAAAGUCUUUGGUCCAUAAUCUCUGAGCAGAGAAAGCAGGUGCACACUGGUAAGAAUGAUAAGUCUAUGUUGUUCUGACUACCUGAGCACUGUAAUGGAAUCACACUUGUUCCUUUGCCCUGGCACACAGAAAUUGUAGAAGUGGAGAGAUACCUGCCUCUGUAAAUCUGUUCCUGUUUUUGUAUGUUUGCACAGUUGAAAAAUGCUGCAAGGAGAGGUAAGAUGCUUGGAAGAUGGCACCAGGUGCUGGCAUAGUGGAAGUCUUCAGAUAUUUUUUCAUAACAGCUCUCUUCAGUUCCAGGAAUCAGAAGUUUUGAGCUGAGCUGAGGAACAGGCCAACAGUUGGGGUUUUUUCCUUCCCUGUUAUAUCUCUAGGGGGAACCUUUUCUCUUCUGAAUAGUAGGUCUGCUCCCAUAUGAUCCCUUUAAAGUGGUUGUCCCUGCUAAGAGAUGCCUGCCCCUCCUGCUGUAACCCUCUAUCACACAUUUCCAGCUGCCAGAUGCUAUGGUUUUAUUGCUGCUUUCUCACUAUGGUGGUUCUUUUGUGUUUAGGUUUGUUUUCUUUUUCCUUAAAGCAGCAUCUCCUACAAUUGGUUGUUGGUGUGAGAGUAAAUCUUCAUUUUUAAGAGACAAUAGCUUUCUUGCCCUCAUGAUUACUACGAAGAACUUAAAAUGUGACCUCAAAAGGCUGAAUAGACAUAUUAUUUUUCUUUAAAUCCAAAUGUAAUGUUAAUCUCAAACAUUCAGGUGUCAAAUCAUGAUUUAACAGCACUGCAGAGUCUUUCUCUUGAUACCUUUUUCAAUAUAGUUAUUAGCUGCCCUUUAUUUGUGAUGUUAGUCUUUAAUAUCUCUGUGUUCACAGUUCUUCCAUGAAACAUGGAAAUACUCCUGGGGUAUAGAUACACCUCAAGCAAAUUACUCACUCCUUGUAUAAAACAUAAGUGUGCUACAAAGCAGCUUCCUGCUUUCCUGAAGUGUGUCCUAUUCUUGCAACCUCUGAGCUAUGCUUCCUCUCUUCUCUUCUUUGCACUA